CUUCCUCGUACGUAUCAGCUGUAACACCACCGGAGAGCCCGCCGCCGAUGAACGCAAUCUACGCCAACGGCCGUCCAAUUUACACCACUGAUUCCCCUCAUCUUCCUCAUCUCGUCUAUCUACUUCUUUUCCCUCGAAUCAACGUCGAUGUUGUCGAAUCUUCCACCAAAGAUUCUCCGGCCAAGACGUCGACUCACCUAAACCGGCCCAAAUUCACACCACACCAUCCCUGGACCCCCCUCAUCUCUAAUAUCUCACUAUUUUCUGUCAAAUACCACCGGAGCUGGGUGAAUUUUGGAUCCGAGACUCUAGCCAUUUUAUGCUGUUUGAAGGCUAUUUAAAAGACGAGUGACUUCGGGUUAGUAUCAAAGGUCUAUUGCCUAUGAAAUGGACCUGUAAUAUUAACUCGAAGUCAUUUUCGGAAUUUUUGAUUUGGAGACCAAAAUCAGUAAGCUUCCUUCCUUUCCUUUCUCAGCUUUUAGUUUAGUUCGUCGUCUUGUUUAGUUGCGAUUUCCAGUUUAGUUUAAGUUUAUACGUUUGUUCAGCAGAUUCUUGUUCUGAUUAAUUUUCAUUGUUGUUCUUUUAUUCAAACUCUGUUUUAAUUGUGGCUUUGUUAAUUAAUUGCUCAUUUGUUAAUUGGUCGUUAGUAUAAUUAGGCUUUCCCUUGUUCUAUUCAUGUGAAGUCGGAUUUGGGGUUGAUUUGGUUGAUUUCAGUUUAGGGUAGUUGUUAAUUGUUAAUUCAGUAUUAAUUCUAUAUUGGUGAUAAUUGGUGUAAUGUUUAGGAUAGGUUGUUUGGGUAUAGCUGAAAUCAUCUUCUUCAGUUAACUUUAGGUAGAAUUUAGUAAAGAGAAAUGGGUUGGGUUUAGUUAACUGUAGUUAGUAAUUUCAGGGGCAUUGAAGGGUUUUGUGGGUAUUUGGUAAUAGGAUAGAAUACUGUGGUUAAUGCUAGAACCUUCUAGAGUAGGGUCGUAGUUUCAAUAUCAGAAAGUUGAGUGUUUUCCUUGAAGCACAAGUUAAUAAUUUAGGGACUGAAAGUGGAAAUUGAAUAGGGACCUAAAGGGUAAUUUGAAAUCUGAGUGCACCUAUAAAAGGGCAUAGAAGCAGCCUUGUUGGGGUCUUCUUCUUCAGCCCCUGUUUAGCUCCAAAAACACUGACCAUUAUAUUUUUUAGAUCUGAAGUUUUUUUUUCUUUUACAUUCAAAACCAAAAUACAAAACCAAAAAUACAAAAAAAAAAUCUAAAUGUUACUGUUCCAUUAGUUGAUUGGGUGACUUUCAAAUUUCAGCUUUUAAUUUAGCAUUUCUCAGUCCAGAUUUAGGUUGUAAUGACUUGGUAGUUUCCUGGAUUCAAUUCUGUUGGUUUCGAGUUCAUUUGGAUCAGCUUGAACCCUUCAAUUGAUGCAGUGAUUGAGUAGUGUGCUAUUUGGUGUUGGGUGAAGCUAUUCUGUGUUUUACCACAUUGUUUGGUUUGGUUGUUUGCAAAUGGCUUUCGGUUUUAAUCUUCUCUGAGCUGCUGAAUUCUAUCACUGGAUAUUGUUGCUGCUUCACUUGCUACUGACUUUCUCUUCUACUUUACUUCUGUCCAAUCUCCAGAUUGUUAUGAGUUCUAGUUUAAAAGGGCCGACCCAGUUCAAUACCCACUUCGUGCGUGUCUGGGAAGGGAAUACUCUAGGCCUCCUUACCUCUGCAAAAUUCGAACCCACGACCUGACACUCCACGGCAAGCAAGGUAACUGAGCCAAGCUGGCCCUUCUUAUGAGUUCUAGUUUAAUUUUUCAUAAUCUGUCCAGGGAAUUUUUGAGCGAGCCAUAUGUUUGUUUGAGAAUCGAUUUGGGCGUUUGAGAUUUCAAUUUGAUGUAAUAGAUCAAAUGGAUCAAUUUUGUUUGGUCUGGUGAUUAGUUCUUUUUUUUUUGACGUGAAGAUUCAAUAAAAGAGUCAUUUGCUUUUGUUUUCAUUUUGGUUUCAUUCAGAAUCAUAUUCGUUAACCAUGCCUUUGUUUUCUUCAAUAAUUUAUGUGGAGAAUAGAUUUUGUUUGUUCUGAUUCAUACAAAUAGCCAUUAUUAAAAUUUGUACUAUUUCCAUUAAUUCACAUAUUUCAACAGUAUCGAUUUCGUAUCCUGCGUGCAUUGUUUAAGUUUGUCACUUUGAUUAUAUUGAUCAAUUCCUGUGGUUUUUCAUAUUUAGAAUUUGGAAUGCUUGAGGAAAUUUCAUUCUUUACCAAGUUUAUCAUGUUGAGGUGCGCUAUGCCAAAUAAAGUCCCAAAUGCAUGGCUCUCGCUUAAGAAUACGUACGGACCCCCCUAAACUUGGCAUGUUUUAACGUUUGUACACCUUAACUAUAUGAGAUUCUAAUUACCCCCCUAUGCUUGAUUUUUCGGAUUUUAUUACCCCCUUAACAUAGUAACCCUCUCUACCGUGUAUACACGCGCCGUGUACAUUUAACAGAUUGCUGAUCUGGCUGUACACGUCGGAUUAAUACGGGCAUCCAACAUAAAAGAUUCGACCCGCCUUGAAAAUUAACUCAUCUAAUUGAACACACCCCUUUUACCAUCGGUUCAUUUGCUCUCUAACAAAGAAAAAUUAGGGUUCCCUCCCAUCAUUAAUGGCAGAGACGAUUGUGGCUUCUUGAGCUCGGUUUUGUUAGUCGAUAGGAGUCUCCGUUGAGGUGCUGCUAAAAGCUACUGUGGAAGUGUUGUUUUACCACUGGGUAUCUUGAUUCUUGUCAAAACUUCGACUGUUUUCACUUUGAUUUUGAAGGUAUGUGUGCUUCUUUUUGUUAGGGUAAAUCCAGGGGUUUUUGACUGUUGCAUGCAUGCCGAGUUGUUGUUGUUUGUUAAUUUUUGGAGGACUUUCUUUUAUGUGUUUUGUUAACUUUUGGAGGUCUUUAUCGAUUACUGUUAUUUGUAAUAUUCUACAGUUAAUCGUACAAAGUUCUGUCUGAUGAGGUGUUUUUUCCUUGUUUCUUAUUGCUGUGUAGGGUCCCAUGGGUACUAAGUAUGUGAAUCUAAGAUGAAAAAUUGGUGGGAUGUUGGUGAGUGAGGUGGGACCUCUAUAUGUUGGGGGUAGGGUUCAACAUGUGACUAAUGUCGACUGUGACCACUUAUCAAUACCAGAAUUAGUUGAUUAUGCUAAGGAAUUUGGGAUUACAAAGUUAGGAAAAACUUUUAUUAUGAGUGCUAAGUGUGGCAAUUUGGUUGAAUUAACAAAAGAUAGGGAUUUAAUGGACCUUGCUAUGUUAUUAAACAAUGGGGACACAAUAGACAUUUUUGUCUCUUGUGACUCACAAUUUGAGGAGGUGGAUGCUAGUAGCCAAAUAAGCCAUGUGGGUGAUCCUUUUAAUGCAUCUUCUAGCACACAACAAGACAAUAGGGAAUCUGAUGUUCCCUGUGGUCCUUCUUUAAAUGCUACUGCUGCAAAUCCAGAUCUAGGGUUAUCUACUCCUUUGAAAACCAUAGUACAAGAGGAUUCACCUUUAGAUUGGACUUCCUCUUCAGAGGAAGAAGAAUCUGCUACUGCUGCUUCUCAUGGUCUUUCAAACAUUAGUCAACAAGUAGAACUAGCUGCUGCUGCUGCUGCUCCUCAACAAGAGGAUUCACCUAUAUAUUGGACUUCCUCCUCAGAGGAAGAAGAAUCUGUUGCUGCUACUGAUUCUCAGCAAGUAGAAUCAGCUGGAGAAGAGGAAGAAAUAGCAUCUGGACAUGAGUCUGAGAGGUCAUUUGAUUAUGGAAGUGAUGUCCAUGAAGAGUUGAGGGUUGUUAAAGAAGAUUUGAAGAAAUAUAGACAAAGGAAUAGGAGAAAAAUUAGGCUGAAAAAACCUGAUGGAUUUUUAGGUGAAGUUGGAGUUGAUGAAGGUUUUGAGAACAUAGAUCAGCCCAAAAAAAACAUGAGAGACAAACUAGGGGGUGAUGAUGAGCCUUACUAUGAUAGUUCAGAUCCAGAUAGCUUUGAAUCUGAAUCAGAUGUGGAAGGGGAGGGUCAUCCUGUAUCUGAUGAUGAUGUAGAUGAUAUGGGAAGUUUAAGGGGAAGGAAAAAAACAAAUAGAGUGGUUUAUGACCCUUCUGCCAAAAUUGUUAUUUGGCAAUUAGGGAUGGUAUUUGAGAAUGUGCAGGAAUUUAGAGAAGCAGUUACCAAGUAUGCUAUAAAGAAAGGUAUUCAGCUAGUUAAGGAUCCCAAUGAGCCCCAUAGAGUUAGAGUUAAAUGCAAAAAAGGCUGUCCUUGGUUGUUGUAUGCUAGUAGGGAAGGUAGGAGUACAAACUUCACAAUCAAGACUUACAAUCCAAGACACAAAUGCCAUAGAACCACUUACAACUAUAUGUGUAAUUCAAAAUAUGUGGCAAAGAAGUUCAAAGAUAGAAUUACCUCAUAGCCUAGAAUUAAAGGUUGGGAAC